AUGUUUAGCGGAACGGGACAAGAUGUGGACGAAAAUGUCGAGCGAAGAGAUGGGAAGAAGGAAAAAGACAAGGGAUACGUUGCUUUUUUUUCAGACGACGACGAUGUUGGGGCCCAAGGCGAUGACGAGAGCUUGGCGGCUUCGAGUGCUAUCAUAAGGUUUGUGAUCUUUUGAUUUGGUGUAAUCUGAGUUUGUGAAAUUACAUUGUGGCAGUGAUCAAAUUCUAGGGUAAUGUUGGGACUGUUUUUCUCCAUUUUAUAUUGUAGUCGGACUGAAUCGGAACAAAUGUAUUUCACAAAACUAGUGCGUUCUGUGCGUACAAAUUGCAACAUAAUUGUACAAAAUUUAAUAUACAUUUACUUCUGGGUGGCUUUUGGGAAGUCUGAGUGCUUCCGUUAUGCACAAAACUAUACAUGGAUCUUUUGAUCUAGUUUAUUGUAAUUAUCAUAACCUAAUAACGACUUUGUGUAUUCCAUAUCCUUGAUUUAUGUAGCAAAUAAUGUAGAUAAAUUUAUGGGUAGUGGUCAAUGGAAAUAUUAAAUCAGUGCUUGUGAAAUUUUUUGGGUGAGUGGGUGGGUGGACUGCAUCCGUUAUACACACAAUGACAGGAAGUUGAGUGGCAGUCAUUUUCCGUGCCAAGUAAUCACCUGGCUCAGUUAUUGUUUGGACAAGUUAAUAUUUUAUUUUAUAUUUUGCUUGGUAAAUGAUUUUGAGCAAUCUAGAUUCAAUCUAAAAGUGAUGGAAUAAAGGCUGGUUUUUAUUGCUUCACAACACUUGCCGACAAUUGCCGAUUUCUAUUCUGAAAUUGUCAGCAUGCAAGCAUUGCAGGCUGAUGAUUUUAAUUACCGUGGUUCAUCUGUGAUCUUUGUCGUUUUCAUGACUCUGUGAGAAUUUUAAGAGUAUAAAGCAGUUGGGACCGAAAUAAAAAUUCUACGACUGUUGCCAAUAGAUAACACACAGACAGUGUUUUCAUUUUUUAACUUGUCACAACAAAUUAGUUAUGAUGGCUUUUUUCCUAAACCACUGCUCGCUAUCAACAUCGGCAUGAAAACUACAUCGGUCAUAAGCUAAUUCCCUCAAUUGGGAAUGGUACCUAUUUAAGAUGGGUGCCAUAUUUUGUUGUCUGUAAAAUGUAGGAUUCUGUAGGGAAUAGACCUUUCCCCUUUUGAGUGAAAUUUUGAUCUAUAGACAAGUCUGGACAAAAAUUUCAUCACAGCUUGAAAGAGCAUGAUCACAAAAUUAGUAAUAUUCCAAAGUUUUGUUGCGGAUAAUAUAGCCUUGUGAAGUUUGCCGUUUUUCAGUCAUUUUGCAUUACAAACAGGAAAUUGAUAAUCAGUUUGAUCAUCUGAUUAUCAAUUUCCUGUUUGUAAUGUUAUGCAAAAUGACUGAAAAACGGCAAACUUCACAAGGCUAUAUUAUCCGCAUUUUACAACAUUUCGCAACGAAACUUCGGAAUAUUACUAAUUUUGUGAUGCUCUUUCAAGCUGUGAUGAAAUUUUUGUCCAGGCAUAUCUAGAUCAAAAUUUCGCUCAUAAGGGGAAAGGUCUAUUAGAAGGCGAACGUAUAGUCGGAUUGUCAUCCGUGGUUUGAUUUAUUUGUUGAUGGAUUUCGUACUUAUCCAUCUCUAGUAUAAAUUAGCAGUUUCUGCAUAUACUUUCUUGUUUGUCGUAGACGUUGAUGAAUGUCUAUACUACAUAUCCAUGACUGUUCACCAAAUGCAGGCUUACGCACUAUCUUAGUGAUCUUUGCCAAAAAUUCGUGCUCAAAUUAGUCUACACCGAAAAUUUCACGAUGUUUGGACAUUCAGAGCGCGAGUUACGACGUUUUGAAAAUUUUGUUUUCACCAUAUGUAUGGAAUUUCCACUGUAGUGAAUUUUUUUCAUCAUGAAAUGUUCGGUGUAGAACUAUUUUGAGUAUGAAAAUUUCAAUUCUGAGGUCCAUUUCUGCCAAAUAUGAAGAUGACAAAUCAAUAGCGCGAACUCGGAUCGGAGAAUUACAAGUACCUAAUUCCUCAACACCCAUGCAAUAUAAUUGUUUUCUCUAGAUGCGGAUGAAUGUAAACUUGAUAUAGACGAUUGUUCAGUAAACGCAUUGUGUCACAACAUACCAGGAUCGUACAAAUGUGCCUGUAAAGUUGGUUAUAUUGGGGAUGGGAAAACAUGUCUGGGAAUAAGUAAGUUGAGUUUUAACACUGAAUCAGUUCGAUCGAACAUUCCUUACAAACCCUUCAAAGCUUAGAAUUUACUCAUUCCUAUUGUAAUCGUAGCAGGGCCUAUUUUAGUGUGCAGUAUUGAAUGAAAAGUGUGCAGUAUUGAAUGAAAAGUGUGCAGUAUUUAAAUUUGAAGUUUGAAAUAAAUUUCAACUUUGUAUUAGGUGUGCUGAAGGAGCGAAGUAGAUGAAAUAUAAAGUCGAGAAUUCCAAAAUGUCUUUGCAACAAAAUGAGCAAAGACACAAACAAAGAUUGGCGAAAUAUAUGCCAAGUUCCAGCAAUAAAUUGCAAUAUUCAAUAUUUUCAUGUCCAGAAAAGCUGGUGUACUUCUUUCCUCCACAGGAGGGAAGAGCCUGGGAACGAAGUUGUCAUUUGUGUCGCAUCAGCGAAUUACUACAAUAGGUUAUGGCUGAUUUGAAUUUGAAAGGGUUUACUUUUUUGGGACACCCUGUAUGUUGUCAUUAUGUUCUAUAUAAAACAUAACAAUUCAAAGAUCCUGUGACGUCAUUGAUGACACCUGCUCUGAAGUGUGUAGUAUUGAAAUUUCCUUAGAAUAGGCCCUGGAUCGCAGAAACUUUGAUGGUGUAAACCAGCCUUAGGUUCGGUUUAAAAGCCAUUUGUUAUGAAAAAAGUAGUGUUACAUAGAAAAUAUUCUUGGGUUUCAAUGAUAUUUUACACUAAAACAACAAGGAAAUAAAAUGGUUGUCAACGCAUCGUAUGUAAAUGAGUUCUCCAACUAUUACAAAAACCAAUAUAAACAAUAUAAAAGCCGUCCUUUACCCAUGAAAUCCGAAAAUUAAUUGUACCACUACUAUAUCAGUGUUUUAAAUUUUUCCGAACAGUAGUUGGUUCAGGUGAUGUGUGUACUGCAGAUGGUCGACAAUGUGGCCCAGUUGAAGAGUGUGUUGAAGAGAAAUGUCAAUGUAGAAGUGGUUUUCUGCACGAUGGCUCCGCUUGUGCAGGUUAGGGCUUUUAUACAGGACUACACACGCAAAACACAUAUAGCAAGUCUGCCAACAAGUCGUCAAGAAGUUGUGUUCGCAUUGCUUGCCCCCAGGUUCAACGAAUAUGGUUGUAACAACCUUCUUGGUCAAGCAGGAAAAUUUUAACUAUAGUGUUUUCAAGUGGGGUAACUUACUAAUGGCUACCUAGGCCAAAAAAAUAUGUGGGUUCCUAUUUCUUCUUGUAAAAACUUAGGUGGGGUAGAUCGGUUUUAACCUUUUUUUUAACUUUUUUUUUAAUUUCCUAACAACCGGACGCCAUUUUGUUUAGUCAGUGCUUCCACAUUCAAAGAUAACUUUCUCUAAUAUUGCCUCAAAUUUCCAUUUUUCACAAGCAUCAUCCUCUUACAAGCACGAUCCAAUAAAAAAGUUUAGGGUCGGGAUUUCGGCGUCCAAAAGCUAGGUAGGGUCGGGAAACCGGAAACCCACAUUUUUUUGCCCUAUCAUUACUAUAUAUAGUGGCUACGAAAAACCUCUAGACAAGUUAAAUCGUACACAUUGCAGCUUAAUCGAUUAAUAGUGGUUACUAAUAGUAACAUUGCCACGAGUCGUGCUAAUUUGUGAUUUUUUCGUGGUUACUGCUGAUUAGGUUUAUUUGUAUUUGUCUUGUAGACGCCGACGAGUGCCAACUUGGUAUACAUACUUGUGAUAAGGCCGCAUCAUGCUCCAACAUCGUGGGUUCAUAUGAAUGUGAAUGUAACAAAGGCUAUACCGGAGAUGGAUAUAAAUGUGUACCAGAGG